GGCGGGCGGGCGGCGGGCGGGCAGGCGGGCAGGCGGCCUCGGAGGGGAGAAGGAGCGGUGGCGGCGGCCGGCGGCGGGCGGGCAGGCAGGCCCAGCUGGGAACCCGGAGUCGGCGGCGGCUGCUUCUCGCGGGGGACCAGGAGUCUGUGGCUGGGCCCUCCCUCCAAGGCCCUGCACAGGCAGCCCCCGGGACACCCCACCCUCCUCCGCCUUCUUCCACCUGCUCCUCGCCAUCCUCCCUCCCACCCCCCCCAACCCCCAAUCCUUCCACCUCGUCUGCCCCCUGCUUGGCUUCUUUGGGGCUGCCAGCCCCCAUCCUUGCCAGCCAGCCCCUCCACUGCUGGGGCUCUCCCCGCCCCCAGCAUGCUUUUCCCGUGGGGGCUGUGAGCUUGAGGACUCCCGGGCCCCUCGCUGUCUCCAGGGCCGGGCCAAGGCUCCUGGGGGGAGGGGGGGAAGGGGGCGGUCCCCUCCCCCCCUGUCAGGCCCUCCCCUCCCCCACUUCUCCUGAUGGCCGGCUUCUUCUUCUCCACCCAGUCCUCGCCCCCCGUGGCCCCCCCAGGCCGGCCAGGCUAGGGGAGGGGGCGGGGGCCCUUUCCUGGGCCGGCUUCCCCCUCCCCCGGCUUCGCCCGUGCCUGUUCCCCUCCGUUCUCGCCUUCCUCUCCUCUUUCUCCCUCUCCUCUCUCCCCUUCUCUCCUCCAUUUUCUCCUUUCCCCUUCCUCCCCUCCCCGGCCCGCCCUCUCCUCUCCCACCUGUCCUUCCUUCUUGCUCCUGGGGAAUCGCCGUUUUGGAUUAGUUGGGGGCCACCACGGACGGCGGUGGGGGAGGGGGCCCCGUGGACUGCCCUCUCCCCCCGCCCCAGCCGCACACCGCCAGCGCCACAGCAUCUCCCGCUGUCGCUCCUCGGGCCUCGAGGGAGCCCAGCCCUCCGUCCCACCAGGAUCCGUGGCGAGUGGGGGCCGCGGCAGCUGCGUCCCCAUGAGGAGGAGAGGAAGAUGCCGGCUGAGCUGCUGCUGCUGCUGAUUGUUGCCUUCGCCAGCCCCAGCUGCCAGGUGCUCUCAUCACUGCGCAUGGCCCCUGUGUCCCCUCAGCUGCGAUCCUGGACGACCAGACCGUGUGUGGCCGCGGCGAACGUCUGGCCCUGGCCUUGGCCCGGGAGCAGAUCAACGGGAUCAUUGAGGUCCCAGCCAAGGCCCGAGUGGAAGUUGACAUCUUUGAGCUGCAGCGGGACAGCCAGUACGAGACCACGGACACCAUGUGUCAGAUCCUGCCCAAGGGGGUCGUGUCUGUCUUGGGACCCUCGUCCAGCCCAGCAUCUGCCUCCACUGUGAGCCAUAUCUGUGGGGAGAAGGAGAUCCCCCACAUCAAGGUGGGUCCUGAGGAGACGCCCCGCCUGCAGUACCUGCGCUUCGCAUCUGUCAGCCUGUACCCCAGCAACGAGGACGUCAGCCUAGCUGUCUCCCGGAUCCUCAAGUCCUUCAACUAUCCCUCAGCCAGCCUCAUCUGCGCCAAGGCUGAGUGCCUGCUGCGAUUGGAGGAACUGGUCCGUGGCUUCCUCAUCUCCAAGGAGACUCUUUCGGUGAGGAUGCUGGACGACAGCCGGGACCCCACGCCCUUGCUCAAGGAGAUCCGUGAUGACAAGGUGUCCACCAUCAUCAUUGAUGCCAACGCGUCCAUCUCCCACCUCAUCCUCCGCAAGGCCUCGGAGCUGGGAAUGACCUCAGCAUUUUACAAGUACAUCCUCACCACCAUGGAUUUCCCCAUUCUGCAUCUGGAUGGCAUCGUGGAGGACUCCUCCAACAUCCUGGGCUUCUCCAUGUUCAACACCUCCCACCCCUUCUACCCUGAGUUUGUGCGCAGCCUCAACAUGUCCUGGAGAGAGAAUUGUGAAGCCAGCACCUACCCGGGCCCCGCGCUGUCAGCAGCCCUGAUGUUCGACGCUGUGCACGUGGUGGUGAGCGCCGUUCGAGAACUGAACCGUAGCCAGGAGAUCGGCGUGAAGCCGCUGGCCUGUACAUCAGCCAACAUUUGGCCGCACGGGACCAGCCUCAUGAACUACCUGCGCAUGGUAGAGUAUGAUGGGCUGACUGGGCGGGUCGAGUUCAACAGCAAAGGCCAGAGGACCAACUAUACCCUCCGCAUCCUAGAGAAGUCGCGACAGGGCCACCGUGAGAUAGGGGUGUGGUACUCUAACCGGACACUGGCCAUGAACGCUACCACCCUGGACAUCAACCUGUCGCAGACGCUGGCUAACAAGACCCUGGUGGUCACGACCAUCCUGGAGAACCCGUACGUCAUGCGCCGGCCCAACUUCCAGGCCUUGUCAGGCAACGAGCGCUUCGAGGGCUUCUGCGUGGACAUGCUGCGGGAGCUGGCCGAGCUGCUGCGUUUCCGCUACCGCCUGCGGCUGGUGGAGGACGGGCUGUAUGGGGCGCCCGAGCCCAAUGGCUCCUGGACAGGCAUGGUCGGCGAGCUCAUCAACCGGCAGAAGGCAGACCUGGCUGUGGCUGCGUUCACCAUCACAGCCGAGCGGGAGAAGGUCAUCGACUUCUCCAAACCCUUCAUGACCCUGGGCAUCAGCAUCCUCUACCGAGUGCACAUGGGUCGCAAGCCUGGCUACUUCUCCUUCCUGGACCCCUUCUCCCCUGCCGUGUGGCUCUUCAUGCUUCUCGCCUACCUGGCUGUCAGCUGUGUCCUGUUCCUGGCUGCCAGGCUGAGCCCCUACGAGUGGUACAACCCGCACCCGUGCCUGCGGGCGCGGCCCCACAUCCUGGAGAACCAGUACACACUGGGCAACAGCCUCUGGUUCCCCGUGGGGGGCUUCAUGCAGCAGGGCUCGGAGAUCAUGCCCCGGGCGCUGUCCACACGCUGCGUCAGCGGAGUCUGGUGGGCCUUCACCUUGAUCAUCAUCUCCUCCUACACGGCCAACCUGGCCGCCUUCCUCACCGUGCAGCGCAUGGAGGUGCCUGUGGAGUCGGCCGACGACCUGGCGGAUCAGACCAACAUCGAGUACGGCACCAUCCACGCGGGCUCCACCAUGACCUUCUUCCAGAACUCGCGGUACCAGACGUACCAGCGCAUGUGGAACUACAUGCAGUCGAAGCAGCCCAGCGUCUUCGUCAAGAGCACGGAGGAGGGCAUCGCCCGCGUCCUCAACUCCCGCUACGCCUUCCUGCUCGAGUCCACCAUGAACGAGUACCACCGGCGCCUCAACUGCAACCUCACCCAGAUCGGGGGCCUCCUCGACACCAAGGGCUACGGCAUCGGCAUGCCGCUGGCUCCAGGAGAACAACCGGCUGGAGAUCCUGAAGCGCAAGUGGUGGGAGGGGGGCCGGUGCCCCAAGGAAGAGGACCACCGCGCCAAAGGCCUGGGCAUGGAGAACAUUGGCGGCAUUUUCGUUGUGCUCAUCUGCGGCCUCAUCAUCGCUGUCUUCGUGGCGGUCAUGGAGUUCAUCUGGUCCACUCGGAGGUCAGCAGAAUCCGAAGAGGUGUCCGUUUGCCAGGAGAUGCUGCAGGAGCUGCGCCACGCCGUGUCCUGCCGCAAGACGUCGCGUUCUCGCCGGCGCCGGCGCCCGGGCGGCGCGAGCCGGGCCCUGCUGUCGCUGCGCGCCGUCCGAGAGAUGCGGCUCAGCAACGGCAAGCUCUACUCGGCCGGCGCGGGCGGCGACGCGGGCGGCGCGCACGGGGGCCCGCAGCGCCUCCUGGACGACCCGGGGCCGCCCGGCGGCGCGCGCCCGCCCGCGCCCACGCCCUGCACCCACGUGCGCGUCUGCCAGGAGUGCCGGCGCAUACAGGCGCUGCGGGCCUCGGGGGCCGCGGCGCCCCCGCGGGGCCUGGGCGCCCCCACCGAGGCCACCAGCCCGCCCCGGCCGCGGCCUGGCCCUGCAGGCCCCCGCGAGCUGGCCGAGCACGAGUGACCACGGGCGGGGCCGGGCCGGCUCCCGGACUGAGCGCAGGGAGGCGGCCCGCCCCUGGCCCCGGCCGCUCCCUCUGGCCCAGCGGGCGAGGGACAGGACUUCUGCCCCGGAACCCGGGACACGGCGACUUCGCCUUCGCUUGGCCGUGAAGUCCAAGGCCCGGCUCCGGAGCCUGCCUGCGCCCCCCAGUGGACUCGCAAGAGGGCGCCGCGGACGCCCGCACUCCGCUCCGCUGUGGGCGGCUGGCGUGCAGCCACUGAGGACUGCAGGGACCGUGCCCAGCGCGGAAAGCCGCCCGCGGGGAGGACCCCGGGACGCGGCUGCCCAGGCCCCCCGAGACUCGACGCGACCCUCCACGCUUCUGGAGGGCGAGGGCCUCUGGACAGACGGGUGUCCCCAGGCGCCCCUCUUCUCUUUCUCUCUUUUUUGGGGGGAGAAACCUCGGAAUUUCUAUGAAGCCCCCCAGGGAGGGGGUCAGUUGGGCCCCCAUCCCUUUCCCUGCCAUAUCUCAGUCCCUGUUGGAAUAAAAAAAGAACAAAACCCCAAAUCUGGGGAUA